CAUUCAGAGAGAAUUGAUUGGUCGUCGUCCUCGGAGACGGUUUGCUUGUCGUCUGUAUCGUCAGCUGUGACAUCACACUGAGCUCCGUCCAAUCAGAUCGCUGCUCUCAGCCUGUAAAAGUGUGUCGUCGGACCGUCAGCAGGUCAUAAACUGACUUUCUUCAUCUUCAUCAGUCCUGCUGCUUCAUCGUCAGCUCAGCCUCUGUGAUGGGAUUUGUUGAAGGAGAAAUGUCGAGUCGCCCAAACGAAGAGACCAGCGCUGCACUGAGAGUUUCCCGCCUGCCUCUGGUUCGCUCAGCAGUGCAGUCGGUGACCUCAGCGUACUCAGAGGUCAAAGGUCGUUACCCUCUCCUGGGGAUGAUGGGAGGCGUGGCUGAGGUUGGAGUUCGUAGUAUUUCCCUUGUGGCCAUGAGACAAGCCACGCCCCUCCUACAGAGCCUGGAGCCCCAGAUUGAAGUUGCAAACAGUUUUGCUCUCGUUGGUCUCGACCGUCUGGAGAGAAACUUUCCCAUCCUAAACCAAUCAACAGACGAGGUGAUGGGUCACCUGAAGGACGCCUUCUUCGUAACACUGGACGACGUGCAGCUGUGGGUGGUGGACGGGCUGGACGGCGCUCUGGAUCAGCUGGAGCGCCUGUCAGACGCGGCCUGGGCGACGGUGCGGCUGCUGCAGGAGUCUCAGGUGGGCCGAGCCGCCACGUUGGGUCUGGAUGACGUGCUGAGCCGCCUUGAGGACGCCACGGCCUACUACCUGCCCCUCCCCCCCACACUGCGUCGGGAGUGGGAGAUGAGGGUGCAGGAGUACGAGGAUGAGGAUGAAGAUGAAGAGCCCAGUCUGUGGACGAGGGUCCGCAGCCUCCUGCUAGGUCUCAGCCUGCAGCUUUACCAUCGCAUGAUGAAGGUCAGAGAGCAGCUGCAGAAAGCCGUGAGGACGCUGGGAGACGCUGCCAACACGGUGGGUCUGGGUCAGGUGCUGGAGCUGCUGGGCGACCUGUUGCAGUACCUGCAGAGCCUGCUGGUGGCGCUGGUGUACCGGACAGAGAGCCUCAGGGAGCUGACCCUGGACAGGGUCAAAGGUCAGGCCCUGAUGCUGGCAGAGCUGCGUCCAGUCCGACAGGUCCGAGAGCUGCCGAUCCAGAUCCAGCAGCUCCUCAGAGACCUGCAGGAACUCUCCAAGCUCCUCCUGCAGCUGGUCAUCAACGCCACACCGCUCUACAACAUGCUGCAGCAGCCGUCUCAGCAGGAAGUGGAGGACUUCCUGAACCAGGAGGACUUCCUGUGUGACAGCUCGUCUCGCCGCAGCUCCACUAACAGUCUCUUCCUGAAGGCCAUGGACGGCCGUCCUCGCCGCCGCAGGAGCCUGUACUCCCGCGCCGCCCGUGGUUCCGGCCCCCAGAGCCCCGACCCCCCCAACGGCCGCCGCGCCAGCUUGAAGCAGGACCCGGACGGGGAGGCCCCGCCCUUCCCCUCCGAUGCUGCCGCUCACCGCCGCCCGUCCGCCACCGAGCUGCUGCUCGCGCCGCUCAAACAAUUCGUCUCCCAGAGCCAAAAGGCCUUCGAGUACCUGAGCCCCAACUCGCCCGACGAGCCCGUCAACGCCUCGGCAGCCCCCGCCGACUGCUAAACCCAACGCUGCACUCCACCCUGAUCCCUGACCACUCACUGCCUCCAGCCCCGCCCCCCGACCACUCACUGUCUCCAGCCCCGCCCCCUGACCACUCACUGCCUCCGGCCCCGCCCCCCGACCAAUCACUGCCUCCGGCCCCGCCCCCCGACCAAUCACUGCCUCUGCUCAGUGGCCGGACGUCUCUGCCUCCGCUGGUGUUAGUGAGCGUCUACACGUUCACCAACAGAGCAAUCGGAAAGUUAGUUUAACGGCAGCAGACGUGACAUCAGUGACUUCAUAUUUACUCUCCGUAUAGUUUAACAUGAGGCUCUUUUAUUCUGUCAGAUAUUUAAUGUUUAAUGUAAAACAGCCUCAAGGAGAAAAACACAACCUAUUAUUACUGUUAUUAUUAUUAUUAUUAUUAUUACUACUAUUAUUAUUAUUAUUAUUAUUACUACUACUAUUAUAUUAAGAAAACAAAGCUGUUUUGGUCCUUGGGGCCACCGUACUCUCACCAGGUUUAUAUUGGCAGCAGCAUGUUGAGUUGAUGGUUUCCAGCAGGUCUGAAUGUGUCGAUGACGACGGUCUCAGAUUGUCUGCAUGAGUGAGACCUCUGACUGUUUGCAGUCUUUGUGCCGACUGAAACAUGUCUUCAGUUCUUUGUUUUAGUGUUGAGGCCGAACUGCAAACCGACUCCAGCGAUCAACUUCAGGCAAAUAACGAGAGGCGACACGAGAGGCGUUUAAAAGAACAGCAUCAGACAUUCAGCACUGAACUAAAACACAAGUUCACUACAAAAAGUUUUGAUCUCAGACACAAAAAACAGUAAAACUCCUUUAAAACGUUUCCGUCAGUGAAGUUAGUUUGUGGUGAGUCGAUCUGAAUGAACUGAAGCUUCAAACGUGUUCAGUUUUUCUUUUCUCUCAUAUUUAGAAACAGUUUGUUCUUUCUGCUCCUUUAUUCUAAAACUGUUAUAAAUCCAUAUAAAAGUUAUA